AAAAUCAAAAUCCACCUAUAAAUUCCGAAACCCUAAAGCCUCUUCUUCCUCUGAUCUCUCGCCACCGUUCUCUGCCCCGCUCCAUCCCUCUCUCGCCGUCUCCUGCUUCCAGCGCCGGCGAAAAAUGCCGUUCAAGAGGCACGUGGAGAUCGGACGGGUGGCACUCAUCAACUACGGCAAGGAGUACGGCAAGCUCGUCGUCAUCGUCGAUGUCGUCGACCAGAACCGGGCUCUUGUCGAUGCCCCUGAUAUGGUUAGAAUGCAAAUGAAUUUCAAGAGGCUCUCCCUCACUGACAUUAAGAUUGACAUUAAGAGGAUUCCUCAGAAGAAAACACUCGUUGCAGCCAUGCAGGAAGCAGAUGUGCAAGGUAAAUGGGAUAAGAGUUCCUGGGGCAGGAAGCUUAUUGUUCAGAAGAGGAGAGCAUCCCUGAAUGACUUUGACAGGUUCAAGCUCAUGCUGGCCAAGAUUAAGAGAAGUGGACUAAUCAGGCAAGAGCUUGCGAAGCUGAAGAAAGAAAGUGCUUCUUAAGUGACUGUUUUCCUAAUUUUUGUGCUGAAUAUUUUUUUCAGACUCCACAGUUUUGCUUUUUGUGUUAUUUCCUUGGUCUCAGAACAAUUUUAAGGGGAAUUGAAACUCAAAAUUCUUAUGUCUUCCCAAAUCGAUUCCAGUAGUCAUGUGAAAUCCUUAUUUUUA